GCUCUACGCGUCUGCGGGCCGGGCAUGGGCGCGGGCGGCGCGAUGAGCGCCCUGGGCAGCCCGGUGCGCGCCUACGACUUCCUGCUCAAGUUCCUGCUGGUGGGCGACAGCGACGUGGGCAAGGGCGAGAUCCUGGCGAGCCUGCAGGACGGCGCGGCCGAGUUCCCUUACGGCCACCCGGCGGGCAUUGACUACAAGACCACCACCAUCCUGCUGGACGGCCGGCGGGUGAAGCUGCAGCUCUGGGACACGUCCGGGCAGGGAAGAUUUUGUACCAUAUUCCGCUCCUACUCGCGGGGUGCACAGGGUGUGAUCCUGGUCUACGACAUCGCAAACCGCUGGUCCUUCGAUGGCAUCGACCGGUGGAUUAAAGAGAUUGAUGAGCACGCCCCUGGUGUCCCUAAAAUCCUGGUGGGAAACCGCCUGCAUCUGGCCUUCAAGCGGCAGGUUCCCACAGAGCAGGCCCAGGCCUAUGCCAAGCGCCUGGGGGUGACCUUCUUUGAGGUCAGCCCUCUGUGCAAUUUCAACAUCACCGAGUCCUUCACAGAGCUGGCCAGGGUCGUGCUGCUGCGGCAUGGGAUGGACCGGCUCUGGAGGCCAAGCAAGGUACUGAGCCUGCAAGACCUGUGCUGCCGAGCGGUGGUGUCCUGCACACCUGUGCACCUGGUGGACAAGCUACCACUCCCCAUGGCCUUAAGAAGCCACCUCAAAUCAUUCUCGAUGGCCAAUGGCCUGAAUGCCAGGAUGAUGCAUGGCCGAUCCUACUCCCUCACCACCAGAUCUACUCACAAAAGGAGCAGCCUCCGCAAAGUUAAGGCCUCCCGCCCACCCCAGAGUCCACCCAAACGCUGCAGCAAAAACAGCUGUAAAGUCUCCUAAGAAAGGCACGAGUAAGACACAGGCUGGGAUCUCCAGGAGAGACUCUGAGCAGUCGCACUGGGAGAUGAGAGGCCGUUCUGGAUCCACGAGACAGCUGCCAGUGGUGACCACACUGCUCCCUGCAAUGUAACACGUUACAUGGUUUGACUUUGGUAUUUCUACAUGGAUGUGCAUGAAGCUCUUGUUUUAGAUGUGUGUUUAUAAAGGGAAAAUUAGUUCUCUGCUCAACUCUUGGUAACAUGAAAUUUUGAAUAUCACUUAUAUCAUGAUUGCACUGCAACUUUUCCUUAAAAUAACUGCUUUUAGAAGAAUGGUGAUAUGCGUGUGAUGAGUUGAAAUUCAAGGGACUCUGAAAAGCAAUGAUAGAUAAAUUAGAGUCAUCGACAUUAUGAGAGGGGCCUUUUUGUAAACCUCCUUUUUCACAUCAAAGCACUAAUUUAUAAAAUGCUGCAGACACAUUAGAGAUUAUGCACAACAGAUCUGUCUGGUUUGUGUAUGAAAUGGAUUUGGUAAAGGUUUCGCUAUGUUAUUUACUACGUUUUGGGAUUAAUAAGUGAUUUAUAUGCAUAUUUUUCUGUAAAUCUACAUUUUUUUUUGUACAAGAUGUUCCACAAGUUAUGAAGCCAAGGGAAGAAAAUGCCAAAGAUCUCUCUUGCUCUCUUGAGCAUAGCCAUAACAUAGUUACAAGAGAUGCAGACCGGCAAGGGGAAUAUCUCUUAGAGCCGUUUCAGUAAGGGAUGAAGUGAACACUAUUAUUUAAGAAAAUGUUUCUCAACAAUAAAAUGUGUACUUGUUUCUUGG